UCAGUAGUAUAUGAAAAUAAAUCGUAUAAACAGAUCAUUGUACUAGCAGCAUUCAAAGCGGUUGGAUCUUAGAUCGAAUUGUAAACUAAAUUAAAAACAAAUAUUUUUCUGUUUUCUAUUUCAUAAGCCUAAACAUGCCGAUGUCUCAUGGGGAUGGAAGCUUCCAGGGCGGCGGAGAUCUGGCCAAGAACGAGUCAAACUCGCAGCAAUCGGUGGGAGAAGCCAAUGCAUUUGCCGCCUGCCAGAAGCCACUUCUGGACGCCAACUCGCUGCCGGUGCGCCAGUACUUGGACCAGACAGUGGCCCCUAUCCUGCUCCAUGGACUGCAGGCCCUGGCCCGCGAUCGACCCGAUGAUCCGGUCAGCUACCUGGCCACCUAUCUCCUGAAGAACAAGAAUCGCGCCCUGGAGGUCAAUGUGGAUGAGAGUUAGCCACUGUUCGCACUUUUAUUGUAAAACGUUUGUCAAACACUCUGUUGUAUGCCGAUUUUCAAUCCCCUGAAUUUAUAGUACUCUUUGUUUUGUGCACAACUUAUCGCUGAUUAAAAGCUGGCAGCCACUUACCAGCCACGAUUUCAUGGUGA